AUGGCGCAUCCAGAAUCAAAUGAUCCAGACGAGAUUUCUCUGUCGUUUACGAGCGACCUUCAUGAUUAUCCUCUCACUUACAUAUUCCCGAUGACCCGUCUGCGAAAGGCAUGCCCAAGAGGACCCGAGAUCUUGGACGUAGACUUGGGGGGAAACAUUCGUCUGGAUGGCAUGGACCCUUACGGCCAAGAUGAACAGUUGGCCUUUACCUCAAUCCGCAGCAUGCUCAACGGUGAAGAUGAUAUAUUCGAUCAUGCGCCAGGAGCCAUCAACCCUCGAGUGUUAUUCUACAUGACGGAGCUGUACAUCUGGCUUGGCAGUCCGAUCUUUACUUUUACCAUGAUCGACGCCAUAAUCCAGGCGGCUGGUUCCUUGAAUCGAGUGCAUGAGUGGCCACUGCUGGCGAUUGUGGCACAAAGAUGGGAGCUUCCAAACCUUACAAAACAAUGUCGUGAUCUGGUGAGCCUCUUCUGUGGCUCUGCGGAGACACAUGUCCCUGAAAAACUACGGGGUGACUUGAGCGACCGAGAAUGGGAUUUUGUGCAGAGUCUUGACCUAAUGAGUGAAGAAGUCUUAACCAUGCGCCGCGGUUACAUCGAAAGAAUUUUCGAAGCUCUUCGCAUCCUCUAUCACCGACCUAUUCCCCAGGACUUUCCAAACGCACUUACAGAUCUUAACCGUGACGAACUUGACCUUAUGGACACUGAACGUUCCGACAUGCUGUUGGACAUGUGGCCAUGCGACGAAUGCAAGGAUAUUCCCGCCAAUGUUCUUCUGGAGGAGCUAAGGCAACAUCUCCCCUGGUUUAUAAGCCCCAGUUCGUAUGCGGGAUGCGUCGAGACUCUGCUCACCCUCCUCCGUCAAGUCGAAGUCAACAUUCGAGUCGAUGGGGACAGACCAGGCUGCAACCAACUGAGGCACUUUUGCAAAAAGCUUUCAGAAAAGGUUGCAAACGGAGCGAGAACCUCAUAA